CUUCGACACCACAGCCUACACCAACCAGGCACCUUGCCGUUCCAGGUUCCAGGUUCCAGCCACCCAAAACCCAGCGGACCGGGGUUUCUCCGGCGGGCCGCAACGACGCGACAAGCCUAGCGGAUCGUUUGAACUCACCUUUGGUAUCCGUACCUUUCUUUAGGUACCUCACCUAGGUACAUCGCAGUUUCGUUUCGCACUGCCACCAGUAUCGUCUCGCACCCACGUCCACACUCCACACAGGUGCAUUGCGACAAUAAACCCCAGCUUCUAUGUACAAUACUUGACCGGAACGACUUCGCUGAGCAACGCACUCUUCCCCCUGCAGCCGACUUUGCAGACAACAAGACAAGUCUCUAUUAUGUCUUCCAUUGGGCCUCAACUGCCACCACAUCUCACAAAGAGAAAGCGCAUCCCAGACGAUGAAGGCGUAGAAUCACCACCAAUGAAACAAUCCCGCAACACUGACGAGAUUGACCUGGAAGACGACUCCGAUGAUGAUGGUUUCGGUCCAAGUGCGCCUGAAGUAGCAUCCUCUAAGCUAGAAUCGGUAUCAAAUCCCGCCGUGGGACCAACACUUCCCCUUAUCAAUCCGACAAACGCCAGCGAGAUCGCUCUCGACGACUCCGAAUCCGAGGAUGGCUACGGCCCGCCCAAUCCCCGCGUCGCACCGACAGCAGAAGCUCCCAAGACCAAGACUUCAAUAGGUCCGACCCUUCCACCCAAACAAACCAUAGGCCCUGCCAUGCCGCCACUAAAUCAUCGCCUGGGCGCCGAAGUCGACGGCGGCGACAACUCCUCCUCAGACUCUGACAACGACUACGGCCCCGCCCUCCCGUCCUCGACAACGUCUGCCCAACGAACCCAGGCUGCGGCCGCAGCAGCAGCAGCGCAGGCCUCUGCGGGCCCAGUGGCCCCCCAGCGCGACGAUUGGAUGCUCGCGCCGCCCACCCAGUCAGGUUAUCACGAACGCGACCCGACGAAGCUCAAGAACCGCAAAUUUGCUAGCGGCAAGUCAUCCGCGGCGGCAGCCGGAGGCGGCGGCGGCAUCAGCAGCAUCUGGACUGAGACGCCGGACCAGAAGCGCAAGCGCCUCGAGGACGCGGUCCUCGGUCGCGGGGAUGCGACCGCGGCGGCGGGCCCACAGCAGCCGCGCCGUACCAAGGAGGAGGAGGAGCGCGACAGGCGCAUCAGUGAGAAUAUCGCGACCGCACGUGGUCGGAGCAUGUACGAAGACCAUCAACAGAACAAGAAAGGAACCGCCAAGACCAGCAAGGAUGAAGAGGAGGAAGAUGACCCUAGCAAGAGAGCAUUUGACAGGGAGAAAGACAUGUCGUUGGGGGGCAAGAUUGGGACGGCGCAGAGAAGGGAGCUGCUCAACCGGGCCAAAGACUUUGGUGGUCGUUUCCAGAAAGGGUCGUAUCUUUGAUACCCAUGCCAAAACACAGGGGCAUUUCUUUCCAUGUCAAUAGCAAAGCAACCAGGGAUUCGUAUUCCACACCUCUUCACGUUCUUGUUUAUCUC